GUAAAUAUCCUGGCUUCCGGGUACAGAUCAGUCACAGCAACAGCACUGUACUCUGCAGCGGCUGGGCGACUCUAUGUGUCUUUGCAAGUAGAAAAACAACGAAAACCAGUACUGCCAACGAUUGUCAGGUGUGGAGAUGAUGGAGGAGAAUGAGGAGCAGUCACAUGGCCAACAGGCAGACUUGAGUUUGAAGAAGGGGAACUACGAGGAGGAGGAGGAGGAGGAGGGGAGCUUCAGGCUUCACGUAGUGACGUGGAAUGUGGCCACAGCUGAUCCUCCAGAUGAUGUGACCUCACUCCUCCAUCUUAACUCCCCAAAGAGUCCAGACGUCUAUGUCAUUGGUUUGCAGGAAGUGUAUGCGGGUCCAUUGAGAUUUGUUUCAGACACCGUAUUUGAUGACCGAUGGAGUCGUCUGUUCAUGUCCACCUUGGCACCUAGGAAAUACAUUAAGGUGUCGUCUAUCAGACUGCAGGGUCUGCUGCUGCUCCUCUUCUCCAAACUAGAUCAUGUCCCCUUCAUCAGAGACAUCCAGGCCACGUACACGCGCACGGGCAUGUUCGGUUACUGGGGUAACAAAGGCGGUGUGUCUAUCCGUCUGUCUUUCUAUGGCCACACACUCUGUUUCCUCAACUGUCAUUUGGCUGCUCACAUGAAAUACGCCUCAGAGAGAGUGGAUGAGUUUGAGUACAUAAUGGACACGCAGACCUUUGAGUGCAAAAAGGCUCCAACAAUUGUUGACCACAGGCUGGUGUUCUGGUUUGGAGAUCUCAACUUCAGAAUAGAGGACCACGGCAUGCACUUUGUCCGCUCCUGUAUCAACGAUCAGAAGUACAACCUGCUGUGGAGCAAAGACCAGCUGACCAUCAUGAAGAAGAAAGAACAGAUCCUACAGGAAUUUGACGAAGGGCCUCUGGACUUUCAGCCCACAUACAAGUUUGACUUAAACUCUGAUACUUAUGACAGCAGUGGUAAGAAGCGUAAACCUGCCUGGACUGACAGGAUCCUGUGGCGGCUCCGGCCCAAAGCUUCGCUCCCUGACGAGCAAGAUGGAAAUGGGGCAGGACUGGAUGUGAAGCAACUCAAGCAGCUGGAGGAGGAUGAGGAGUACCCGCUGAAGAUCAGGCAGGACUCAUACACCAGCAUCAUGGAGUACGGCAUCAGCGACCACAAGCCUGUCGUCAGCAUCUUCACGCUGGAGCUGAGGAAAAUGUACACGACUCCUCUGGUGCGUCUGCAGCCGGAGGGAGACUGGAGCGCAGACAUUGAUUCCAUGGUUCUCUACAGCCCUCUGCAGCCCUUCCCUUCCAGUACAUGGGACUGGAUCGGACUCUACAAGGUGGGAUUCACCAGUGUGUCGGACUACAUCACCUACACGUGGGUGAAAGAUGAUGAAGUGGCCUUCAAUGAAGAAGUCAUACAGGUGUAUGUUGGUAAAGAGGAAAUCCCUGUGCGGGGAGGAGAAUGUGUGCUGUGCUACUACAGCAGCACUCUGCAGUGCAUCAUUGGAAUCAGUGAACCAUUCAAGGUCCAUGAGUCCAAGGUGGCCAUAGAGGAAGGCUUUGUGCACGAGCAGAUCAAUGGACUUGACAAAACCACAGCGAGUGAAGCCCUGUGGAACUGAUCUGUUAGCGCUCACAGAUGGUGGGAUGAAAUAGAAAUGCAUCUGUUUGGGCCUGGUCUGCCUGAACCAGAACAAGGUGCUGUCAUUUCAUGCUGUUACACACUCCCACUGACCUCUCUAAUGCUACCAGUGUGGCUGCUACCUACUUACACCUAUGUGGUCAGAACUCUGGUACACAUUCUCUCUUCCCGUGUUAACAAGAGGUUAGUUACAGAAAGCAGAAACUAUGAGCCAUUCUUCAUCAUCAACUGAGAGUGAGUUUCCUCAGGAUGGAAACUCAAAUUGGCUUUACAUAGCAAAUCAAAUAAAAUGGCAAACUUAGUAUAUUGUGUAUGAGACAAAAUCUAAUGAAAUUUGGUUUAUGAAUAAUUAAUGGGAUGUUACAGGUUAGGUGUAUUGAUGAAAAAGAAGGUGAAGUAUGUUGUAGGCCUGCCACUUUGUCUGAUUAGUUGAGGAAAGGAAGUUCUCUGUUUGAGGUCUACUUUAUGAAUGAAAAUAGUUGCUGUUUGAUCUGUUUUAAUUCUGAAAUUAUUGAAGGAAAUCUGCUGGAAUACUGAAUAUUUGAAGUUUGCCUUGUUUGGAAGAGUGAAAACCUCCCAGUCUAUCUUCACCUGACUGCUAAAAUUAUGAAAAGGGAACUGCAAAACUUUACCUCUAUUUUACAUAGAGGAGUUAUUUAGCAAAUCAGCAUUCACAGAUUGCUUUGUGAAUAUAAGAAUGGUAGCCCUGAUGCCUGUCUGUGGAUAUAGACAACUGAUUUGCUCAUGGCAGAGCCAGUAUGAUGCAGGAGAAGGAGCUCACACAGGAAAUGCCUUCAUUCAUAGUUUAUAUUUAUCCAUAUUUCCCAUAUGUUUAUUUUGGUCUUAUUCAAAGCUUUAAAACAAACAUGUACUCCUUGUCCAUUGUUUGAGGGAUGAUCAGAGAUGAUCAAAAUGUUAGGAGGCAACAGUCGAGUUUAAGUCUGCAGUACCGCUGAACUAGGGAUGGAUUCCAGACUUGGUACAUUAAAGGUUACUGCCCGAUUUGCUUCGUUAGUACCAAGUAACAAUUCACAUUAAAUCAGUCUGUGGCAAAAUUUGGUACCUGACUGUGCAUCUUCACAGUGAUGUUAAAGAGAUAGAGAAGCAGAGGUAGAUGUCUCCCCAAAACUCAACCACUGACCGCGUCUGACAUUCCAUACUAGCAUGUUGUUUAGUUAAUUAAAACAAUGUGUUUACGAGUAUGUCCCAAGCAUUGGUAUGAAACCAGCAGUGCGUGAACUGCAUUUCUUCUAGUCACAAAAUGAUCUAACGUAACAAGUACUCAGCCCACUAGUGAGAGUGAGGGUUAGCAUUGUUAGUGCUUUAAAAUUAUUUUCACAAACAGUUUUGAUUCACAUUACAUAAAAUGAUGCGUGUGCUUACAGGCAUAUACAGUAUUAAAUGCUUUGGAAACUUAAUUAUAACUGCUGACCUCACAUUAUGAACUCAGUCUGCUGCUGUAGCUUCAACACUGAGCCACUACAGGAAGCUCAAGGGGUCAAAAUGCAAAUGAAAAAUUCUUAUAGGUUUAAAAUUCCAUCUAUUCAGUCUGUUCUUAUAGCGCUAGGUUGAGGAACAGGAACAGCUAACUAGUAUUUACUUUUAGUAUUUUAUUUUACAGAUUUAUAUGCAGUGCAGUAAGAUGCUAGAUUACAUUACAGAGUCUUUAUUGUCCCAGUCACAAAACGUCACAGCAGCCUCACGUUUCAUGUACGUGACAUCUCAAGAAUACCGAAAGGGAAUUUCUUCGAGUAUGGUACAUAGGUCCAGUUGGACUUGAUGAGCUCAUUACAUUUCGGAGGUCAUUUUAUGGUGAUAAAGUCUUGUGUGGACAAUAUUUCAAGAAUGCAUCGAGGGAUUUGAGUCCAAUUUAGCACAAACCUACGCCUGGACUCAAGGGUGAACUGAUUACAUUUUGGUCACUGCUUAUUUUAAAAAACAAAUAUACAGAAAUACAAAAUGAUUAGUUUAUUUGCAUCAGCCAUAAGAAGCGGUUAAUUAUCCAUGAUUUGUUUCAAAUUACAAAAAAUAGAAGAGAAAAAAAAAAAUCUAUAUUGUGCAUCCUGUUCUUUAUCACAUAUAAUCUGCUGGCCCUUUGAGCUGCGAGUGACCUGAGCAUCGUCAGUGACGACACCAGAGAAUAACACGUUAGUGUGAAGUAGUUUUAGGAGAAAUGUUCUGCACAUUUUCUGCCAAUUUUUUAGACUGCUUAAAAUUGGCCCAAUCAUAGGUAGUUGGAGUGGUAUUUUGCGUGUUGGUCCUACAGACGUGGAAUAGCACACUAAAAGUUUUAAGGCAGAAAUAAAGAAAAAAUUGAAUUGUAUUCCUUUAAUAACGGAUGACAGAAGAUGAUCACACUCUAUCCUUCUUUUCCAUUUUCUUAUCUAAAAAUAUGUAUUAUUGAAUAAAAGUAAUAUUUUAUUAAGAAAUAUUCCAAGAAUUGAUGAGAAUCUUAACCUGCAUUGUUGUGAAAGCUUUGCUGUAGUAUAUAAUAUGAAUCUGUUCAUGGUUUUAAGUGUUUUGUAUGUUACUGAUCAUAUUCACAGAAUAUAUUUCACCUUGUUGUGAGUGGACUGCUGUAAGAAGAUGUUACAGUUUUUCUCCUCAUGGUAUUUUAAUGAACUUCAGUUGUUCCUGGAGACUUGAAAAUAUAUUAGCUAUGAAAUAGAACUUUUAGUUUUUUGCAGAGCACGCUACCUGUGGCUCAUUUUCAGCUUGUUUUCUCAUUAGCUCACCUGCACCUUGCAAUAUUAAUCAUUCCCUUUUAAUGUUGAUUGUUAUAUUACAGCUAAAAGGAGAACACAAAGAUAUGUUGCACUGUAAGUUGUUCAGUAUUUAUAGAUUGUCAUGUUGUCAUUAUUAGUGUGUUCUGAGAGAGAAUAUGAAUAUUUAGUUACUGUUUGUAAAGUAUGGAUUUAGCAAGUGCCUUUAAAAUGCUUGUUGCUUUUCAUUUAGUGUACUUUACAAUGCUGCUCAGUUUUGAUAUAAUAUUUAUCAUUAAUUCAUUCAUCAGAUAUAUAGACAACAUUACGUGGCAUGACUUUCAAUGGCCUCUACUUGUUCUUCUUGAUUUUAAAAAGUACUGUUCUAUUGGCCUGCUGGAAUCAUUUUUAUCUGCCAGUUUAUGUCAUGUCAUGUUUUUUUUUAACUAAAAAAGUGACUUAUUUUCUCAAACAGCAAUGAAAUAUUGUCCUGUACUGUAACACAACACCACAGAUUUAUAGCCUGGCAAAUGCAAUUAUUGAAUAAAUCUCAGUUCAGUCA